AUGUCAGAAUCCGAGAGCGAAAAGUCAAACGCGCGUCUCAAAAAGGUAUCUUACAGUAAUCUAUUGAAACUAUUAUUGAUUGUUUUAGGGUGAGGUUGUAGAAGCCAGUCAUGGGAAUUAUGUGGUGAUGAGACUACUGGGCGAAGGAGGAUUCGGCGCUGUUUAUCGAGUCGAAAACCGAGAAACCAAGAGAGAGUACGCAAUGAAAGUGGAAUACAAGUCCCGGAAACAGAGCAAAUUGAAGAUGGAGAUCGCCAUCCUGAGAGCAUUCGAUUCUAUGGCCAGGAAAUCAUACCAUUUCACCAGAAUCGUCGAUCGGGGAAAAGCCGAGGGAUUCCAAUUUGUGGUGAUGACAUUAGUGGGUCCAAGUCUGGAGGAUAUGAAAAAAGAGCGGCCGAACAAAGUCUUUACUCCAGGAACAGCAUUUGGAGCAGGCAUUCAAUGUCUAGAGGCCAUCGAACAGUUGCAUCGACAACAAUAUAUUCAUCGAGACAUCAAACCAGCCAAUUAUGCUCGAGGCCUGGAAUUGGAGAGAAGAAUCGUAAUAUUUGACUUGAAACUUUUUCUAAACUCCAGGCCUGGCCGUGUUUCAGAUAUUUCUUCUUGACUUUGGCAUCGCUAGAAAAUUUACAAAUGAGAAUGGAGACCUAAAAACACCCAGAAACAAGGUCCCCUUUAAAGGAACAGUUCGAUUUGCAGCUAUAAACUGCCAUCGUCAUAAAGAACUUUCUCCGAAAGAUGACGUCGAGAGUUGGAUCUACCUUCUUCUUGAUUUCCUGGUGGUUGGCGGACUUCCAUGGAAAAAGUUUAGCGACAAAGAAGACGUUCUUCUGUGCAAAAUGGAAUCCCGAAAGCCCGAGAGACGGAAUAAGGUCCUUUUCGGAAACAUGAAGUGUGACAGUAUCCUUGGCAGAGUCGUCGAUUACGUCGAUAAACUAACAUAUACCGAUCAUGUGGAUUACGGAUUCAUCUAUGACCAUAUGAAAUUGGUACGUGAUAUGUCAUUAAUGGACUGUUUUUAGGCAAGUGCGGCAUGCCAAGCGAAUAUCGAGGAUCCAUACGAUUGGGAAAAGAGCUGA